AUGGACCCGAGCAGGGGGCAAGCGGCGGCUUUUCCCGCCUUCUACCCUACCUUGGGCACCUAUGGAAGGACUGAGGCACCCCUCUGUCCCCAUUCUGGGAGUAACCAAGGGGGCCUCGAAGUGUUCUUCCUCUUCUCCUUCUCUCCCUCUUGCUCUGAUGAGAGCGCAGUUCCGUUGCCCGCCGGCAGGGGUCGCUGCCCGGAGUGCCGGCGCGCCUCCUCCUCCUCCUCCUCCUCCACCUCCAGCCCCGCGGCCGCAGUCCUCCUUCUCGACGACGUCCACUCGAUUGAACACAAUGUUCAAAAGCGGCCGGGGAGGCCGAGGAGCCCUCAAAGCCCUCCGAGGAGCCCAGCCUGCCACCCACGGACCCGCACCGGGAGCAUGCAGCUGAAGGCGGCGGUGACGGCGGCGCCCUGGUGGGGGUUGUGCUGGGCCUGCGGCUUGGUGGCUUUGCUGGACGCCGCGGCCGUGCCCUCCGCGGAGAGGAGAGGAGGAGGCCCCGCCGUGGUGGUCCCCCACCAGUAUAUGGUGGCCCUUUACCACCGCCUGGCCCACACCAAGGAGAAUCCUCGAAGAGAAGGAGAAGGAGAAGGAGGACCACGCGCGGCGGACACGGCCACGGGAUUCGUGGACCAGGCGCAGCAGCACGCAGAGGCCUCUGCUUCAAAGGAGCGGCGCUUUGUCUUCGACAUCUCCAGCCUGCCUGAGGCGGACGAGGUAGUAGGAGCUGAGCUACGGGUCCUGCGCAAAGCCCCCGAAAACCAGAGCUUGGCUUGGUCACAGGAAGGCCUUUUCCACCGCCUCAUCCUUUCCACUUGUGACAACGAUGACCAAGAUGGAGAAAAUGGAGGUGAAGAUGGUGACCGGAAGCUCCUGGACUCUCGGGCAGGAGACACUGUGGAGGCAGGUGAUGCCAGUUUGCCUCGCUGGGAGGUGUUUGAUGCUUGGGCUGCCCUGAGGCACAGCCAGAGACCAAGGGCGCUUUGUUUCCUCCUCAGCCUGGUCUCAGAGAGCUCAGGAAGGCUGCUGCCUCCAGGGCAAAUGGGCUUUGGCUUGGAGGAGCUGCCACUGCCACAUGAGAGGGCCCUGCUGGUGGUCUUUUCACGGGCGAAGCGGAAGGAGAGCCUUUUCAAGGAGAUCCGCGAGAAGGCCAAAGGGGGCUUGGGGCCUGAGGGUCUCUCUCCAGAGCCAGCCAAACAGAAAGCAGUGGCUGCAGGACGUCGGAGGCGGCGCACCACUUUGGCGGGCCGGGCUUCGGCCUCUUCCUCCUCUUCUUCAUCUUCAUCAGGGUUGCGUAGUCCAGGUAAAAAGGCUAAGAGUCGCUGCAGCCGCAAGGCCUUGCAUGUCAACUUCAAAGAGCUGGGCUGGGAUGACUGGAUCAUUGCACCGCUCGACUAUGAGGCCUACCACUGUGAUGGUGCUUGUGACUUCCCGCUCCGCUCGCAUCUGGAGCCCACCAACCAUGCCAUCAUCCAGACCCUCAUGAACUCCAUGGACCCUGAUGCUGCACCACCCAGCUGCUGUGUGCCCUCCAAGCUCAGCCCCAUCAGCAUCCUCUACAUCGACGCUGGCAACAACGUGGUUUACAAACAGUAUGAGGACAUGGUGGUGGAGAGUUGUGGCUGCAGGUAGCGCUGCCAUUUUCAACUCUCCUCAUACUCCUCACCCUUCAAGGCCUCCCAAGGAGGUUCUCUUAGGUCUGCUCUCCACAGGAUUUGCCUUGCUGAGAGGGGUGACUUGCGAUGUCCUGACCCUUUGAGGCAGAAGGAGAAGAGUUGUUGGGCUCAGUAGCCUCCCUUUCCAAGGCUGCAGCUGCUACUGACAUUUUUCUCAUGCUCUCAUCCCCACAAAGGUGGUUUGGGCAAGCGCCAUCCACCCGUACCACUCCACAUCCCAGUCUUGCUUUAGCUACCCCACCAAAAGGGCACUUUAAAAGGAAGGAUGAAGAAAGAACAGAACAAAAUUUGCUAUGAAAUGGAUGAAGACAGAAAGAACGAGGGCAUGGGAUUACAGUCACCUGAAUAUAUUGACUUUCCAUGACAAUUCUCCAGAAUAUUCUUGCUUUCGCACUUGGCUGGGAGGGUAGCUGAGGGGAUCAAAUUGUGGGAUUAAUCUACAGGGGUGGGUAUUUCCCCAAACUUUUAAAAAGUAAAUAUUUCACCCAGUUAGUCCUUAUUUGGACUGCAAUCAAUCCCAUAUGCCACUCAUGGUUCUGGAGAGUAUUCUUGUUUGCAUGGAGUCCUCUGGACACCAAGCCUGGAACCCAUCAAAUACAUUGUUUUGGUUUAGGGGAAGAUUAGGGUUGCAUCUACACUGCAGUUUGACAUUACUUUAACUGACAUAGUGAGGUCCUAGCACUCUUUGGCAGAGAAGGCUACAGAUUUCCCAUGUAUUCCAUGGCAUUGAACCAUGGCAGUUAAAGUGGAGCCAAAUUGCAUGAAUUCUACAGUGUAGAUAUACUGUAAGAUUGAAGAACAACUUUCUUUGAAGGCUUUUGUCACAUUGCUCAUCCCUGAUAAAGCCUCAGCUGGAAAUUAAUUGAAAAUCACUGGCCUCUCUUUUCCAUUGUCUUAUAGUCUCUUACACUAUGCCACUUUUAUUGAUUUUGUAUAUUUUUUUCCCUCAGAAAAGUGAUUACUACAAUCACUUUAUCUCCUUCUGGCAAAAUGUCUAUUAACCUAUGGAACUUAAGACCCCCCAAAUAUUAUUAGGUCCUCAUCAGUUGAAUCAAUAUGAUGGAUGGAAAGGGAAUUGUAGUUCAAUAUGUGGAAAGCCACAGGUUCCUUACUUUUAAAAAUACAAUCAUACAGGUUUAGUGAGAGCUUAGGCUCACUGUGUUCAAUGCAACCCAUUCCAAGGAAGUGUCUCUAGGAUUGUUGCAAUCUGAAACAUAUGCACAAAGAUGUAUCCGAUUGCUUGUCAACAAAUUAUCUUGAAGAUGUAAGUCCAAAAUUCUUUGUGCACAUGGUUGGCUGGUAUCACUGAACACAGUACAGCUUUUGAGUAAACAUGAAGAAGAUUGCAUUUUAUGUGACCCAACUACAAAUUCCCUGCCAGAAUGGUUCCCAGGCAGCACUAGAGACUACAAAUGCUUGAUUCUCUCCCACUCUGUGUUGACAAAAAGACUGAUUUGGAGGAUGAAGCUCCACUGACCCAGCCAGUGUCUGUAAGUCUCAGAACUACUCUGUCCUCCAGAUGAUCCUCCUGGCCUUAAAGUAUCAUUUGCUACACAACACCUUCCUUUUUCUUAGGGAGUUAAGAGUCCAAAUUAUGAUGUUACUGCCUUCUCACCAAGGGCUUGACAGUCCUUGAUCGAGUACUCUUCCAUACUUGGGGACUGACUCAAAAAUCCCAAAGAACAUAACAAGUAAUUGUGUAAUCCUUGUCUGUUUUUCUCAGCUCUGAAAACAUUUUCACUUCUUAUAUCACAUAUGGUUUUCUUCUUAACCUCAUCUUGAUUAAUAUUCAUUGAGGCUGCCAAUGGGUGGAGAAAAUUGCUUUUUGGGCCAGAUUUAGCUCUGAGGCUGGUAGCUGGUCAUUCUUACUUUAAAUAUUGAAACAAGUUCCUUUACCAUAGAUCAGGCAUAUACCUUCUAAGAACUGGUUUGCAUAACACGUUGGGCUGAAGGCCACAAGGAAUCCACCUCUCUCCCCUGCUCUGCUGCUGACAAGAUUACAUAAUACUACUAGCAAAAAGUCCAUUCUUGUUGAGGGUGUAUAUAUGAAAAAAUGGGUAGUGCAAAAACAUCUGCGUGUUCCUAUUGCAAAUCCUUGCCUCAUCCAUAACUUUGUGGUAGGGAGUAUGUUUCAUAUGCAGAAGGUCUCAAGUAAUCUUCAUGUAAGACUGGGAAAGUGUUUUUUUUUCAAACUUGGAAAACCCUGUGCCAAUCAAUGUUGAUAAAUCGGACGAGCUAGAUGAAGCCAUAGUCCAAAUCUACAUAAGAUUAUGCAUGUUAUCCUUGACAUUGAUGUGUCUGAGCUAUUCAUGGUUGGAUUUGGAGAGGUUUUGAUCUGAAAGCAACAUUGCUCCCCAGGGGAGUGGGUCAGUGGGCAAAUUCCUAAUUUAUUUAGGAAUAUAGGAAACUGCUUUAUACCAAGCAAGACCAUUGGUACAUAUUACCCCCUACACUGACUGGCAGUAGCUCUCCAGGUUUGUAAACACAAUGGCCUUCUAGUCUCAGCUGGAAAAGAUGAAAGUUAAACAAAACCCAGAUGUUAUACAUGCAAGGCUACCAUUAAGAUCUUUCUCUUCCUUUGGGUUUGAAUGCAGCUUAACACCACUUUAACUGCCCUGUUUCAAUGCUAUGGAAUAAAGGGAGUUGUAGUUUGGUGAGAGAAGCAGAGAAAGCUAAAGAACUUGUAAAACUACAGAUCCCAAGCUUUGAACCCAUGGCAAUUAAAGUGGUGCCAAACUGCAUUCAAUCCACAGUGUAGAUGCAUUAUUAGAGCAGGACAUUUGCUAAUU